GCAUGUCUGAGUACGAUAAGGCAUAACACAAACAAUCCUGCAAUCACUGGAGGCCUCUCAUGGCCAUUAAAAGUCAGUAGUUCAACUGAGGAGUGGUUCUCCAACUCUCAAGUCCAUAUAGGCCUCCUUUCAUCAAGAGGCCCUCGUAAACAUCACUACAGUUAAUAAAGUGUAUUGUGGUCACUGCAAUCUCAAGGUGCAGCCACGUGUUCAUCAGCAACAUCAACAAGUCCCAAACUCCACACAUGCAGCAGCUGCAGCGUGCUCGGACACCGCUUGCAGUCUCGGGGAUGAACAUUUAUGAUCAUGCACGGUGCUUAUGUUAUUGUUAGUGGGAGGGGAGCACAUGUCUUGUAAAUGAAAUUACGCUCGACGAAAGGAGGCUAGAGCUGUUUUGUAUUGUUGGCGAUGCCCCGCCUCUGAUGGUAGCCUUAAACCUGGCACCCAGCUAAAACAAACCAAAGCCAGCACCGAGCUCCCACUCAAUCCAAUUAAGGCGGACUUGAGGCGCUCUCUUACGUGUUCAUCUACCAGGAUCGACGUUGAGACAACAGGAAGCAGAGGGGCUUUGGCCAAAAAAAAAAAAAAAAAAAAAGGCAGAAGGAGAGAUUGCCUUGCCUUCUAAUUUCUCCCUCUCCAGCCCCAGAACAAUGUCGAUGAGCCCUAAGCAUACGACUCCUUUUUCUGUUUCCGAUAUCUUGAGUCCCCUUGAGGAGAGCUAUAAGAAAGUAAGUAUGGAGAAUAACAACUUGGGGGCACCUCUCACUUCUUACCGGCAGCCGCAAGUCUCACAGGCGGCGAUGCAGCAGCACCACAUGGGCCAUAAUGGGACUGUGUCUGCGGCUUACCACAUGACUGCGGCAGGUGUUUCUCAGCUGUCACACACGGCCAUGGGGGGCUACUGUAACGGCAACCUGGGCAACAUGGGCGACCUGCCGUCUUACCAAGACGGCAUGAGGGGCAGCGCCACGGCAACCGGCUGGUACGGAGCCAACCCAGAUCCGCGUUUUUCCACCAUUUCCCGCUUCAUGGGCUCAUCAUCCGGGAUGAACAUGGGCAGCAUGGGCAGUCUCAGUUCCCUGGCAGACGUGGGUAAAGGCAUGGGCUCUCUGUCAACCACACCGAGGAGAAAGAGGCGAGUGCUGUUCUCCCAGGCGCAGGUGUACGAGCUGGAGCGACGCUUCAAGCAGCAGAAAUACCUGUCGGCGCCGGAGAGGGAACACCUGGCAAGUAUGAUCCACCUCACCCCGACCCAGGUGAAAAUCUGGUUCCAGAAUCACCGGUAUAAAAUGAAGAGGCAGGCAAAAGACAAAGCCUCCCAGCAGCAGAUGCAGCAGGAGAGCGGCUCCUGCCAACAACAGCAGCAGCAGUCACCUCGGAGAGUAGCUGUGCCGGUGCUGGUAAAGGAUGGGAAGCCGUGCCAAGGCAGCGGCCACACGCCCACAUCCUCCGCUCAGACGCACCACCAGCAAGGGGGCAAUGUCAUGAUUAUGUCUAACAACACGUCCGGCCUCGGCCAGCAUCAGAGCCAGCAGGUGGGAAGCACAGGUCACUCUCCAGACUUGGCGCAGCACUCCUCCAGUCCGCCCUCACUUCAGAGCCAAGUGGCCGGCCUCUCCCACCUCAACUCCCCCGCCGCAGAGUACGGCUCGGCCUUGCAGUGUUCAGCCCUGUUAUACGGCAGGACAUGGUGACAAGAGGCGCCGGCUAUGAUUUAAAUCUAAUUUUAAAAAAGAAAAGACAUUUUUAUGUUAAUGCUCGGCAAGUUUCACUGUAAAUGUGCGCACUUGAACAAGAACCGAGUGAAACCGACGCAGCUCUUCUUGAAUUUUUUCUCCUCCCCAUUUCGAAAGGAAGUGUGACUCUUGUGGAAGAAUCACUUGUUCACAAACUGCGGAUGUAAAAGUCUUGGGAUCUAUUUAUGUAAAUUAUAUUGACACAAAGGAAGAAUCAGCAGUCAAAUAGGCCCCAUAGUUGGGAAAACUAAACCCGAAACAGAGACGCAGAUAGCCUGCAGGACUGCUGGGUGCUCUUAAAUUUCCCUCCUCAGACACAAAUGUGAUGACUCUGAUUCAUAAUAGAAUUUAAUGUAAGCCGUAGAUCUAGCUUGUAUAUUUCAGUAAAAGGUUUGAAUUUUAGCUAUUUGUUGUACAAAGUUUUUGACGCUAUUGCCGGUUUGUUGUCGUUUCACUGGUAUUUGUACGUUUUAUUUCUUUGUAACUUAUAUAGAUAUUUGACUUACAGCAAAACAGUCCUAUUAAUAAAUUAUGGAACCCAAACAGUUAAA